GGACACAGAUCGGUUGUCCUCACCAACAUGACAAAGGAAAAUGUGGUCAACUUUGUCUGUUGGAAUCAUGGCAAGAGAUUCCAAGUUCUGAUUGACGACCAGAAAACCAUGCAGUCAUUUGGUCAGGCUGCAUUCAACCUAAAUGAGGAGGAAUUUAGGUGGCUGGAAAACCUUGUCAACUCCAAGUGCUGUCCCCAAGGUCAGACCAGUGAUUAUGUUUUCCACACAACAUUUGGAAAAAAGAUCGCUAAGGCCGAGAACUUCCUUCAUCUGGCUUGGGCAGACUGUGGAAUGAAGGGCACAUUCAUCUUUCCCAAGAUCGAGAGCAGUCUUUCUACUCAAAACAGCCUUCCUCCUGCUCCUCCUCACACGUCCAGGAGGGAAUUGGAUUUCUUAAGUGAAGAAUCUGCAGUCUCAAAAAUACAUGUCUACACACCUUCAAAGUGUUUUUGUGUUAUUGAGAAGUUGCGGCCAGCAGUUGCUGACUAUUAUCUCAUCAAAGCAAAUCUUUCCAAUGCCCUGCCGAGGCAAGCACCCCUUGCCGACCCAAAGAACAUACCUGCGCACCUGGCUGAGCAGAGCACCAGGUUCCAAGCAGCACAGAAAGUUCAGGAGGAACCAAAUAGAGCCCCUGAGCCCCUCACUGCCAAGACCACAGAUGAGUACCCAACUGAGCAGGUCCCAGGGAAAGUGUCAGCACCCCUGAGCCUCGUGCAGCAGACUCCCAACUGCAUGCUAGAAACACAAGAGAAGGAUGAACAAAGCCCUUCGAGACAGGACCCAGGGUGUGUUCCAGAUCCUAUGAUCCAGGAGACAACAGAGUUGAUACCAGAAACACCUGAAGACCAGAUGCCACAAACCCAAGCAGAGGAGGUUCAGAAGCCCUAGCCAGGCAGGACCCUGGCAUGUGCUCAAAAACCCAUCAUGCAGGUGACACAGGAGUUGAUACCAAGAACGCCAUCAGAGGAGGUGUUUAGGGCAUGUUCCUUGUUACAAGAAAGUAAAACACAGUGCCCCAAAGAUGUGAUUAGCUCUGGUUGGGAAUAAUCAUGUUUAAGAGUUUUAGAGUAAUAUGUUCAUUUAUCUUUAAAAGGAGAAAGAAUGCUGACGCUUUGAUUUAUUUAAUUUUUUUGUUUAUAAUUUACAGUUUCUCUUUUUGUUAAAUUGCAAGUUGGUCUAGGUAGUCUGUUACACACACACUUGCUCACACGCACAAGCACACAGGUGCACAUGCA